GAGGGGGGGAGGAGGAGCAGCCGGAGUGGCAGCGUGGCCGGUCGUGGGAGGGAGAGUAAAGCUGAGCAGAACUUCACAAAUUGGAAAUGAAUUUAAUGUACCUUCAUAUGGACCACUGAAUGGAUGAUAAAUGGCUCUUCCUCGCUUAACAGGAGCUCUCCGUUCCUUUUCAAAUGUCACUAAACAAGAAGAUUAUAGUGAAGAAUCUGCUGACAUAACAGAUAAAAGAGCCAAGUUACAAGAACAGCUGUGCAAUUCGGAUCUCACUUGGAAGAAAAUAGUAACAUUUGUUGAUGAAAACACACUCAAGGAACAGCAGCAAUCUGUACAUGGUGAUUUAAGGACACUAUUUCAUGCUGCCAAACAAAUAGUGGGAUCUGAGAAUGGCGAAGAAGCAAUUGAAAGUGGCGCUUCCUUCCUUUUUAAAAUGCUUUACGCCAAAGACUGUAUUGGUCGUGAUGAGACUCAAGCCAUUAAGCAGGUCUUUGGACCCUUUCCCCCAUCCUCUGCCACUGCAGCAUGUAAUGCCAUCAGUCGGAUUGUUUCACAUUUUACCGAAGAACAGCUUGCUGCUCUUCUGCAAAGUUCUGAGGAGUUAAACAGUGAUUCAAAGCUGUCCUUUGGCAGAAAUAUUGCAUUUUCUUUUGAAAUGCACGAUUUGGACGACUUUGAAGAAUUGCUGAUAAAUGGUGAAAUGGAUGACCAGAAAGUCAUUAGCCUGGAUUAUGAGAAGAUUUUUAAUAACCAAUUUGAACAUUAUCCAAAUAACUGUGGUGAAAAUGCUGACGCGAAGUCUUCUGGGAAAGUAGAUGAUAGUUUCCUGUGGUGUGAAGUUGGGAAGUAUCUGAAUGAUUCCCUGCAAGGAAAUAAUACAGGCCCAACACUGGAACAUCUUUGCUGUACUUUGUAUGAGAUGCUUGCCUCCCAUAAAAGUGGUGAUGAGCUUCAGAAUGAGUUGUUUGAAUUACUAGGACCUGAAGGAUUUGAAUUAAUAGAAAAGCUCCUGCAGAACAGAAUUACCAUUGUGGAACGAUCUUUCUCUGGGCCAAAUGAUUACAGGCUACAAUCUUUACAAGAACAGUGCAGAAAAUUUACAGGAGAAAAUUCUAAGCCAAAUUAUGGCUGCCAAGUCACCAUUCAGUCUGAACAAGAGAAACAGCUAAUGAAAUUAUAUCGCCGUGAAGAAAAACGAAAUGCCAGGCGAGAAAAACGAACUGGGGAUGAAGGGGAAAUUCUUGUUGAUGCAGGAAUGUCUUUUGAUCCGAAGGAGUUACGGAUGCAAAGAGAACAAGCGCUUUUGAAUGCUCGCACGAUGCCAGUUUUAGGCAGACAGCGAGACAUGGAAUUUGACAAAAUUCAUUAUCCUCAUGUUUAUGACUCACAAGCCGAAGCUAGGAAAACAUCAGCUUUUAUUGGUGGAUCAAAGAUGCUUUUGCCAGAAGCUAUUGAGAGAGAAAAUAAUAAAAUGUAUGAAGAAGUAAAAAUACCUCCUAGUGAACAAAUGCCAAUGGGUUUAGUGGAAAAGCCAGUUUAUAUAAAGGAUUUAGAUGAGAUUGGACAACUUGCUUUCAAAGGCAUGAAACAAUUAAACCGAAUCCAAUCCAUUGUUUUUGAAACUGCCUAUAACACAAAUGAGAAUAUGCUAAUAUGUGCACCUACUGGGGCCGGAAAAACUAACAUUGCCAUGUUAACAGUUUUGCAUGAAAUCCGUCAGCACGUUCAGCAGGGCGUUAUCAAAAAGGAUGAAUUUAAGAUAGUUUACGUUGCUCCUAUGAAGGCAUUGGCAGCUGAAAUGACAAAUUAUUUCAGCAAACGUCUGGAACCACUGGGCAUCAUGGUGAAAGAGUUGACAGGUGACAUGCAGUUGUCAAAAAGUGAAAUUCUCCGAACUCAGAUGCUUGUAACCACUCCAGAAAAAUGGGAUGUUGUGACCAGAAAGAGCGUGGGAGAUGUCGCUCUCUCUCAACUAGUGAAGCUCCUUAUUCUUGAUGAGGUACACCUACUUCAUGAAGAUAGAGGUCCGGUACUAGAAAGUUUGGUGGCCCGCACUUUACGCCAGGUUGAAUCUACCCAAAGCAUGAUUAGGAUCUUGGGGCUGUCAGCCACAUUACCUAAUUAUCUUGAUGUUGCUACAUUUCUGCAUGUUAAUCCUUAUAUUGGGUUAUUUUAUUUUGAUGGUCGUUUUCGACCUGUUCCUCUUGGCCAGACAUUUAUAGGAAUCAAGACAACCAAUAAGAUACAGCAGCUUAUUAAUAUGGAUGAAGUUUGUUAUGAAAAUGUGUUGAAGCAAGUAACAGCUGGGCAUCAGGUGAUGGUAUUUGUUCAUGCUCGAAAUGCUACAGUCCGAACCGCUAUGGGUCUUCGUGAAAAAGCUAAAAACAAUGGUCACAUUUGCUACUUUUUACCAACUCAAGGUCCUGAUUAUGGACAAUCAGAAAAGCAAGUGCAGAAGUCUAGAAACAAGCAAUUACGUGAAAUGUUUCCAGAUGGAUUCAGUAUUCAUCAUGCAGGAAUGCUCCGGCAAGACAGAACUUUGGUGGAAAGCUUGUUUUCUCGUGGUUACAUAAAAGUCUUGGUUUGUACAGCUACAUUAGCCUGGGGUGUCAAUCUUCCAGCUCAUGCAGUCAUCAUUAAGGGAACACAGAUUUAUGCUGCAAAAAGAGGAUCCUUUGUUGACCUUGGAAUUUUAGAUGUCAUGCAGAUAUUUGGCCGAGCUGGACGGCCCCAGUUUGAUAAAUUUGGAGAAGGUGUCAUUAUCACAACACACGACAAACUCAGUCAUUAUCUGACUCUGCUUACUCAGCAGAAUCCAAUUGAAAGUCAGUUUCUUGAAAGCCUUGCUGACCAUUUGAAUGCAGAGAUUGCUCUUGGAACAGUGACAAAUGUUGAGGAAGCAGUAAAGUGGAUAAGUUACACUUACCUUUAUGUACGGAUGAGAGCAAACCCAUUAGUAUAUGGCAUCAGUCACAAAGCUUAUCAGAUGGAUCCAAGUUUAGAGAAGCACAGAGAACAGUUGGUGAUUGAAGUUGGCCGAAAACUGGAUAAAGCCCGGAUGAUUCGGUUUGAAGAGAGAACUGGAUUUUUUUCUUCAACUGAUUUAGGCAGAAUUGCAAGCCACUACUACAUUAAAUAUAACACAAUUGAGACUUUCAAUGAACUCUUUGAUGCUCAUAAAACAGAAGGUGACAUUCUUGCUAUUGUUUCUAAAGCUGAAGAAUUUGACCAAAUCAAGGUGAGAGAAGAAGAAAUAGAAGAGCUGGAAGCCUUGCUGAGCAAUUUCUGUGAACUUGCUGCACCUGGUGGUGUGGAGAACAAUUAUGGGAAAAUAAAUAUCCUUCUGCAAACAUAUGUUAGCCGAGGAGAGAUGGAUAGUUUUUCCCUAAUUUCAGAUUCUGCUUAUGUUGCACAGAAUGCUGCACGUAUUGUUCGAGCUCUUUUUGAAAUAUCCCUUCGUAAGCGAUGGCCAGCAAUGACAUACCGACUGCUAAAUCUCAGCAAGGUUAUCGACAAGCGACUGUGGGGUUGGGUCAGCCCUUUGCGGCAGUUCACUGUCCUGCCCCCACCAGUCCUUGCCAAGCUGGAACAGAAGAAUCUUACCAUUGAUAAGUUGAAGGACAUGAGGAAAGAUGAAAUUGGUCAUAUGCUCCAUCAUGUAAAUAUUGGACUAAAGGUCAAACAGUGCGUCCAGCAAAUUCCCUCUAUCUCAGUGGAAGCCACCAUCCAGCCGAUUACUCGUACUGUUCUGAGAGUUAGGUUAAAUAUCACCCCUGAUUUCAAGUGGAAUGAUCAGGUGCAUGGAACAGGUGGAGAGCCCUGGUGGAUUUGGGUGGAAGAUCCCACCAAUGAUCACAUUUAUCAUUCAGAAUAUUUUAUUAUUCAAAAAAAGCAGGUCAUUGCAAAGGAAACUCAACUGUUGGUAUUUACAAUCCCAAUUUUUGAACCGUUGCCCUCUCAAUACUACAUCCGGGCUGUCUCUGACCGAUGGCUGGGAGCUGAGGCUGUGUGCAUUAUUAAUUUCCAGCAUCUGAUUCUGCCAGAGAGACAUCCACCUCAUACAGAGUUACUGGACCUCCAGCCUUUACCCAUUACAGCUUUAGGACAUCCCAAAUAUGAAACUCUCUACAAAUUUACUCAUUUCAACCCAAUUCAGACUCAGAUAUUCUAUACAUUAUAUCACACUGAUAGUAAUGUACUACUUGGAGCCCCCACUGGUUCUGGAAAGACAGUUGCAGCAGAAUUAGCCAUCUUCAGAAUUUUCAAUAACUAUCCCACUACAAAGGCAGUAUAUAUUGCACCCCUUAAGGCAUUGGUACGGGAAAGAAUUGAAGACUGGAAAAUUAGGAUUGAAGAAAAGCUUGGUAAAAAGGUUGUAGAGUUGACAGGGGAUGUAACUCCUGACAUGAGAUCCAUUGCCCAAGCUGAUCUUAUUGUUACUACACCAGAGAAAUGGGAUGGAAUCAGCCGAAGCUGGCAGAAUAGAAGUUAUGUCCAAAAGGUUUCUGUCCUCAUCAUAGAUGAGAUUCAUCUGCUAGGCGAUGAGAGAGGGCCUGUCCUAGAGGUUAUUGUGUCUCGGACUAAUUUCAUCUCGUCUCACACAGAGAAGCCUGUCAGAGUAGUUGGUCUGUCAACAGCACUAGCCAAUGCCAAGGAUCUAGCUGAUUGGCUAAAUAUUAAUCAAAUGGGGCUAUUUAACUUCAGGCCAUCCGUGCGUCCAGUUCCAUUGGAAGUUCACAUACAAGGUUUCCCAGGCCAGCAUUACUGUCCUCGCAUGGCUAGCAUGAACAAACCAGCCUUUCAGGCCAUUAGAAGUCAUUCUCCAGCCAAGCCAGUUCUUAUCUUUGUAUCAUCCAGACGACAAACUAGACUUACAGCUUUGGAGCUCAUUGCAUUUUUGGCAACUGAAGAUGAUCCAAAACAAUGGCUGAAUAUGGAUGAAAGAGAGAUGAGUGCCAUCAUUUCAACAGUACGAGAGUCUAAUCUUAAACUGACCCUGGCUUUUGGAAUAGGCAUCCACCAUGCUGGCCUUCACGAACGGGACAGAAAAACUGUGGAAGAGCUAUUUGUGAAUUGUAAAAUCCAAGUAUGUUUAUUAUAUGCAUGAUAGCAUACAGGUAGUCCUUGCUUACUGACCAUUUGUACAGCAACCAUUUAAAGUUGUGAUGCUGCUGAACAAGUGGUACAUAUGACUGGUCCUCAAAAUUCCAUUUUUCUCACUACCCCUGCAGACACAAGAUCACAAGUUCAGUACUUGGCAACCUGCUCAUACUUAUGACAGUUGUGGUGCUUCACAGUCAUUGAUCUCCAUUUCCAACAUUUCCCCAUCGGCUUCCCACAAACCAAGUCAACAAGGAAGGUUGCAAAUUGUUCUGAUAAAUCACCCCAGACUCCCUGCACUCAUAUGAUAUCACAUUCUCCUGUCCCCAGCCUCCCUGCACUUGUGUCAAUCUGCA